AUGACAAAAACGGCAUCGUCACAUGUCGUCGAUGAGAGGAAGACGCCCUCCACUCCGGACAACGUCACCACCGACGCAGACGGAGUUGCACUGGCCAGCAACGGUAACGUGAUAGACGAUGGUUUGCAACGGGGGUUGAAGAACCGACAUCUGGUAAGUCCCGGCACCAAGCAGGAGAGCACGAAAGUCAUGGCUGACUUUUCACUCGCUCAGCAAAUGAUAGCAUUCGGAGGAGUAGUCGGGGCUUCGAUCUGGUACGGCACAGGGUCCGCGAUAGCAUACAGCGGACCUAUUGGAGCUCUCAUCUGCUUCUUCAUCAUCGGCGUCGACGUCUUCUUCGUGAUGCAGAGUCUCGGCGAGAUGGCCACGCUGUUUCCUAUCCAGGGGGCCUUCAUCGAGCUGGCUGGACGGUUCAUUGAUCCUGCUUUGUCUUUCAGUCUUGGCUGGAACUAUUGGCAUAUACUCUCCGCGCGCAGUUUCGUAACGACUAACAAUUGGGCAGUCGCCUUGCUGCCACCAGACCUAUGGGUGACCAACAUCGCGAACGACUACAACAAUAUCUCGCUCAUCAUGGGCCUCUGGACGACCGCCGUGCCGUCGUACGGCUGGAUCCUCAUCUUCUGGGCCGGCUUCCAGUGCACCUCGCUGCUGGGCGUCGUCGUCUACGGCGAGAUGGAGUUCUACCUCGCGUGCUGGAAGCUGCUCUGCGUAGUCGGCGGCUUCCUCGUGGCCAUCCUCGUCAACACGGGCGCCAUAGGCGGCGAGUACAUCGGCUUCCGCUACUGGCGCGACCCGGGCGCCAUCGCGCACGGGAUAUCCGGCUUUGGCAAGACCUUUUUGUUGGCUGCCGUGUACUAUGCCGGCACCGAGAUGCUGGCGUUGACCGCGGCGGAGAGCAAGAAUCCCAAGAGAGAUUUGCCCAAGGCGAUCCGACAGACCUUCUGGCGCAUCCUGGUUAUCUUCCUCGGCCUGGUCUUCUUCGCGGGCAUCAUCGUGCCGUACGACAGCGAGGGCUUACUGGCCGGCUCCAGCAAAUCCGCGCUGUCGCCCUGGACCAUCGCGCUCGUGCAGGCGGGGUGGUCCGGCGCCGGCAACCUCCUCAACGUGGUUAUGAUCACGGCGCAGUUCUCGUCCGUUAAUAGCGCCAUCUACGUCGCGUCGCGCAGCCUCGUCGCGCUCGCCGUCAACGGCCGCGCUCCGCGCCUCUUCGCGCGCACCACCGCCAACGGCGUCCCCGUCGCCGCCAUCGUCUUCUCCAACACGCUCGGCCUGGUCGCGCUGCUCAAUAUCGCGGCCAGCCCGGGGAAGGUAUUUUCAUAUUUAAUCAACAUCUCGGGCGCGGCGACGUUCGUCGCCUGGGCUUUCAUCGACAUCACGCACCUACGAUUACGAAAAGCCUGGGCCGCACAAAACCAUACCCCGGAGGAGCUGCCGUACCGCGCCUUCCUGUUCCCUUACGGAACGUGGUUCGUCGUGUUCAUCAACCUGUUUCUGGUGUUUAUUUCUGGGUAUGAGGUCUUUGUCGGCGGGUUCGCGGCGGUGGAUUUCGUGUUUUCGUAUAUCGUUCUUGUCAUCUUUACGCUGCUGUUUCUGUUUUGGAAGGUCUUCAAGGGGACUAAGUUUGUUGACCUGAUGGAUGCGGAUCUGGUGACGGGCAGACGCGAGGAUUUGGUUCAGGGUGGGGUGCAUGAGUUGGAGGGCGCGGAUGGGCAUGGGCGUGAGAAGGGCGGGAGACCGCCGUGGUGGAUCUUGGUCAAGAGAUUCAUCUUUAGCUGA